CAGAAUUGAUAUCCCCAUCCAUCCAUCAAUCCAUGCGAUCACGAAGAGGUCUUUGUUUGAUUAUCACGAGUCCACACACACAGGAGCGUCCUGUCGGCGGGGCAAACAUCGGAUCGAUCAGCUUGACGUGACCGGCAUCAAGUUGACUCGCAGUCAAGAGACGGCAUCCUCUUGUUUGUGAGUCAAGUCGAUGUCCGCGACGACCAAACCGAUCACUCAUUCGAUGCCCUUCACCCCACCCACAACACUGUCUCUCACACACAGUGUCUGAAAGCUCCAGACAGACAUACAUACGGAAGGAUCAGAUCACGUCUGCUGGCACUUUCCAUCUGCUCCCCUCGCUUCGACUGCACAGUCCGAGACAUCCGGUCCGUCUGGAAAUGCCACGGGCAGUGAGGUGGCAGCGAGGGGAGCAGAUAAGGACAGCGCACGCACGCCUGAUCGGGUCACUUACACAAGUCAGUCAAUCGCCACGAACGACGAUCAGAUCACCACACAUCACAUAUAUAUUCAAACAUGCGUCGCAUCACGCACCCACCCCACGACACACCGACAUUCACAAAACUGGACGGACCCUCACACUCUCUCACUGAAUGUGACACCCAGCAGGCAGCAUCGGCCUGCUCUCCCUACCCCCGCCCACAACCAGCCUCUCUCCCACAUCCCAGUGACCUUCAUCCUCGACGUCGAUACUCGCCACCCCCUCCUGGCUCCCCUGACAGCAGUAUGUCCUAGGCGGUUCACACCCAGGCCCGUACACCAUCAAGGGGUCGGCCAAAACCGUAGGCGCCCCGCUGAGUCGGCUAAGAGACACCAGAGGCUGAACGGAAGACGCCACCAGCCGGCAUGGCGAGGACGGGCCGAGAGACGGCGACAGGGGCUCCGAAGGCUCCUCCCCCCGGGACGAGAGGAAGUCCAGAUGAGACGCCUGUGUCUCCGUCUCGUUGCCCAUCUCUGUCGACACCUCGCUGGGCUGCUCGUCGUCGCACUCGGGGGUCGAAUUGCUCUUGAUGCAUGUGCCGACCAGCAGCGGAGGCUGUGAGGGAGCAGUGGGAGACGUUGCUGGGCGUGCGCGGGGCGGCGGGAAGGCCGGGGGCGGUGCCUCGUCCACUAGUGUGGCGUGGGACACGGGGAGUCUGCAGUGAGGGAGGGAGCCAAGCACACGUUAGUUCGAAGCGUGGAUGCGACUGUCUGAGGGUGUGUUGUGGUGGCUCGGCUCACCCUGCUGUGCGAUAGGCGAUGACCUUGUCGACAAGUGACCGAAGGCGGCCGAACGACCGACGCUCGUGUUCGACCAAGAAGCAGGCUGUCAACUCCUGCACACACAUCAGUAAGUAGAGCAGGACAGGCACAAUCACAUGCACAAUCGGACCGAUCCGUGCCAUGGCAUGGACUCGCUCACCUGCAGUCGUGUUGUGUUGAGUCCAUCCUUGGCGGAUGUCACCAUUGCGCCGCCCCACUUGAGACCCCUCGACACGCACCCCUCGCGCACUCCGUCGAUGAGAGACCGCCAGGACGACACGCGAGCUGACGGCUGGGCAGGGGGUGGGGCUGGUGACGGCCCCGACGCGUUACCAUCAUUACUGUCGGAAGCAGCCAUGGCUUGCCUGCAGCCAUGCCACAACAAGAAUGAACAAGAAAGGGAAGGUGUUCGUUCGUAUUGCGUUGCGUGCGUCUUGUCUUCCCUUGCCAGCCAGCCAGCCAGCCAUGUGUCCCCGACUCACUGACUCACCUGUCUUGCUGGUUGAGCAGGUCGGCCUUGCAGCCCACCACGACGACCAGGGGGCUGCCAGUGGUGGGUGAGAACACACCCUGACCGACAUGCCCCGCAACACCCUCAAGCCACCUCUCGCACCGCCUCAUGUCCUCCCCACUCAGCCGCGUCACGUCGACACACAUCAUCAGCACGUUGCACCCACGCAGCAAGGCGCUGGGCAAUGUCGACAUUGAACCACCCUCCGAGCCUGGCGCCCCCCGGCGGCCCCCCACAUUCCAGCCGGAGCUGCCCCACAUCUGCAGGUUGAUGCGGCCCUCAAACGCCUUGCCGCGAACGCGGACGUGUGAGGCGCCCAUGGCAAGGCGGAACAGGGGAGGCGACGGGGCGGGGGUGGCGGCGGCGGCAGGGGGGUCGCCGUCGAUCCACUCACAGUGGACACACCGCCGAAUGAGGGCGUUCUUGCCGGCACUUGGUUCGCCGAGCAGCACAGCCUUGUAGAUACGGUCGAAGGGGGGAGAGAGGGAGGGGCUGGGGAGAGCGGGGCCAGUGGCCUCGGACUCGGGGGUGGCCUUGGCCUUGGCGUGGAUGCUCUGAUGCCGCAGGAGGGAGUACAGACUCCGCCACGUCAGGAGGUCACACUUGGACGACAGGGUCCGCCUUUGUUGAGGGUUGGCGAGCAAGUCGAGGAUGCCUGUGGAAGACGCGCUGGUGCCCGUCGCAUCAGAAUCGCUGAGGUGGGACUGCACCAGGCGCUCGAACGAGGCCCUUGUGGCCCCGCAGGCACAGCGGUCGACACCCGACACUGCCAUCAGGUGGGAGGUGGUCCGCGCGUCAUCGUCGACCAAUCUCUCGAAGCUGAGGAUGUUGCACCACGCAUCAGUGGGUAGCAUGCUGACGUACAGGUAGAGCAGUCCAGUAGUCGGGACAAGACGGGUGCAGUGUUGGACGGCUGCAGCACUGACUGAACGGCGCUUCUGCCGCGGUUGCUCCGGGCGCAGCUGCGGUCACGUGAGGUUGGCGCGUUGAUGGAGGAGUAAUCUGAAGACUCGUUUGAUGCCGUGAGAGGAGAGGAAGCACCAGGCGUUGCAGGUGACGAGAGGGGAGCUGCGCACCGAUGCGAGAGCCAUGGUUGGAGGGAGCGGUGGAAAGCGAAGGGUCGGCUGACAGACAGGGCACCAAUAGGGUGAGUGAGGCCUCUCCGGAAACGAGAGAGGCAAAA